CAAAUACAAAAAAAUAAACACCCGACUGCCCUGCUGGUGCACAUCUUAUUCAAUGGCUCUUUCGCGAAAUACGUUAAGUGAAAUUCCCAAAGAUGCUGUCGAAUUAUCACCAGAAGAAGCUGUUAUGUAUCAAUGGAAAAUCAUAGGCAAUUGGGAAAAAUCAUCUGAAGUAUGGGCCCUGAAUUAUGCCCCCGAGAUCCUUGGAGUUUGUGGCACCUUCACUGGCAUCUAUAUGAACAACUACUUUAGAGGGAAACUCAAACUGGGACAGUAUGGAAAACUAUCUACUUAUCUACCAAUAGUUGUCCUACCUGCCAUAACCACACUGAUCUACCAUAAGUUUUUCAUACAAAAGGAACUCCUGCUGGAACCGUUCCAGUGUCCAACGUGUCUGCAACUUAGAGCUGCUGCAUUUCAAACUUGUCUGGGUGUUAUCUAUCCAUCUUUGUUGGCUCCUAUUGCAUCGUUCAUGUUCGCCACUCGGCAUUAUACAUUCCGUUUGCCAUCGGUGACGGAAAAGCCAAUGGAAGUUGUUGCUCUUCUGAGAAAGAUGACAAAACCAAUUGUUCCUACAAUUGGUGCAGUUAUAUCUUUCCAUGCACUGCUGGCUAUGUACAUUACAUUCAAGGAAACCCAACAAUACAUAAAUGUACAAAAGAAAAUGGUACAACUAGAAGCAGAUAUCAUUGCUAACAAUGAGAUCGAGUUGUAAAAGUUUAAUUAAAAAUUAUAUAAGCAUACAAAAUAAAAGAUGAUUUAAAAAAUGUUGACAAUGAA